AUGAUUUUACUCACUGACCUCUCACGAAGACGCAUUCGCUCAAUAAAUAAACUGAUUUGUGUUGGUCGCGGUGAAGUUGUCAUCUUUGAAAGAGUUGAUCGUGAUAAAGGUUAUAUUGAUCUUUCAAAACAUCGUGUUUCAUCGGAAGAUAAUAGCAAAUAUGAAGAAAAAUUUGUUCGUGCCAAAAAAAAAUUUGAAGAACUUUAUGGAAAAACAGCAUGGUAUUAUGAUGAUAAACAUAAACGUGUUGGAGCUUGUUAUGAUGUUUUUGCAUGUGCUGUCCACGACGAAGCUGAACUAGAUGAUUGUCAAGUUGAUGAAGAGGCAGAAAAAGUUUUAUUAGCUAAUAGUCGACGACAUUUGACACCACAAGCCGUCAAAUGUAGAGCAGACAUCGAAGUCACUUGCUACGGAUAUGAAGGUACUGAUGCUUUGAAAGUAGCUCUGGAAGAAUGUCUCAAAAUGUCCGUAGAUGAAAUGUCAGCAAAAUUCGUUUAUGGUUAUGAGAUACAAAUGAGAAUGCCUGAAGAAGAAAAUAAAAAAGUAUCUGAUGAUGAAACGGAUGAUGAUGAAGGAAAAGGGGAAGCUGAAGAAGGCAUAGCAGGUGACUUACUGAACGAAGAAGAAAGUGAAAAAAGUGCUCCAGUCUCGGCAUCAAUACGAAUGAAAAAACAACGAAAAAAAUUCCAAGAACAGUAAUAAAGAAAAAGCCCAAUACAGGCGAUGAAAAUAAUCAAGACAAUGAAGAAUAGAUCCUUUUUCCGUUUUCUUAUUUUGUUUUUUUUAUUCUUCUGUUUCAAAUAUGUUUCAAAAGGAUAUAUGUGACUAAGUAUGUAUAUGUGUUUAUGUAGGAAAUAUAAAAUUAAUAUAUGUACUGAUUUUAUUAUUUACUAUUGUUGUUUACGAACAUGAUUGUUCAAACUGAGUAGUCUUAUUCACUCAAAAUGUCUACAAAGUUUCUUAACAAUCCUAUUUCUAGUUUCUUCUAAAAUGAGUAAAAGUUGAAAGAUAAAAGUUGACAGAUACCAACCCUAACUGUAGAAGCACUACAUAGUCGGAAAAAUGCCAUAUCACUGUACUUAGUCGUACUACGCUUGUACAAUCAGUAUGCUUAGUACGUACAGGUACAAAAUCUACCCGUGUGCGCGUACGGGCGUAAGUGGAAAAGUUUUGAAAGCUGUGGAAAGGACCAGUCCGCAUAACACCUGAAAUCGGCACACUAGCUUUUAGCGCUCCAAUCUGUCCAAAACUCAUCAGAAUCAUCAUAUUCAAUGAUUUCCAUCCUUUCGAACGCUUUUAGUCGAACAUAUCGGACAGAAUCUACUCGAAAACAAAUAACCCCUUAGCACCAUCACUAGGACUGUAAAAUCGAGAUUUCCUCGUAACCAUCCAAUAUUUAGCCUAGUGCAAUACAGCACUCGAUGCGCCUUGGAAAACUCUACAAUAUGUGUUAAUAGCACACUUAACGAAGCCUCGUAGCGGUCUUUGUGAAUUAAGUACUUCGCCGCUUAAACCUAAGAGAACUCGUACAUCGUUUUCUGCUUUAAUGACUUUGCGAAACACAUGUAAGGCACGUGUUUUAAAGGUUUUUCAAGGUUUCGUUUGUUCUUUUUUAACCUUUGCACAGGUGAUUUUACAUCAGAAUGACUUGGAAUUAUUUAUUUCUUCUUGUACGUUGGCAUAAAAAGCAUAGUCAGGACACUACAUGUCCGAAUGGUCACUUUCACUCUGACUGCGCAAAACGUAUCGUAAAUCGGAUUCGUACACAAAAGACGAAGUACUUAAUUCACAAAGACCGCUACGAGGCUUCGUUAAGUGUGCUAUUAACACAUAUUGUAGAGUUUUCCAAGGCGCAUCGAGUGGUGUAUUGCACUAGGCUAAAUAUUGGAUGGUUACGAGG